UUAAUCUAGAUGAAGUAACUAAGCAAUCGAGCUAAGAAACAGUGAAACAGUGCACCUUCUAAGAAUAACAGAAUGACUAUGAAAAUAAUAGUCCCUUUAAUUUGAAAUAGCAAGCUUAUGGUGUAUCCAUAUCACCAGUAAGAACUCACCAUCUUAAUAUCCUUCCUUCAAAAAUUGAAAUAGGCCAGCCUGAGUGGUUUAGUAGUGGUUAACUCGUUUCCGUUAUUGUUCUUCUUGACAGUAUUUCACUGGAAACCGCGACCGUAAUACGGUAGUCUCCAACCCCUUUAAUCCAGCAAUUCGAUGUCGUUACAUCCGGGUUCAUCCAUGGGGAUGGUACAGACACAUCUCAAUGAGAGUGGAGUUCUACGGAUGUUUCACAGACAAAUGUACCAUGCCUCUUGGUAUGGAAGAUGGCCGUAUACUGCCAGGACAUCUGCGAGCCUCGUCAUCAUAUAACUACAAUCAUGGACCUGAACGAGCGCGGCUCAACAUUUAUGCCAGUCAUGGACGAACAGGGGCCUGGGUAGCGAAGUACAGGAACACUAAACAGUUUCUGCAGAUUGACAUGAGACAGAUGUGUAUUAUCAAAGGAAUCGCUACACAAGGAAGAAGAGAAGCCCAUCAAUGGGUGAUCAGCUAUGUCCUUUCAUACAGUAAAGAUGGCCGCAGAUUUAGAGCUUAUACAGUGGGUGGAAGACUCAAGAGAUUCCGUGGAAAUUACGAUAUCUACCAUACUGUUGCCCAAAGAGUAUCACCUUACAUCAGAACUCGGUAUUUGAGGAUCCAUCCCAAACAAUGGAGGUCUUACAUUGCUAUGAGAGUUGAGCUGUACGGGUGCAGAUAUAACGAACGCAUGUGUGACAGUGCCCUGGGUAUGCAAAAUGGCCGAAUCAAAAAUGCAGCCAUCACAGCCUCGUCCCAAUGGGAUAAAAACCAUGCACCCUAUCUUGCCAGACUCGGGCGCCUGCGCCGUGGAAGACUGAUGGGGGCCUGGUCUGCCAAGAGAAACAACCACAAUCAGUUUAUUCAGGUUGAUCUUUUGAGGUCGAUGAAGAUCACUGGUGUGGCUACUCAAGGCAGAGCGGAAGCUGCCCAGUGGGUGACGGCAUUUUAUUUUCUGUACAGCUCGGAUGGAGUAAAGUUUGCCAAAGUUAAGCAUUGGUGGGAUGUUGUGAAGGUAGGUAUCUGUCCCGGGGGGAGGGCUCCCAUAUAAAAAGGACGUGGGUGCUCCUCGUACCUUUCAGGGGUUAAAAAAAGCGGUGUUGGUACAUCUUAGGGUGUUCAGCCUCAAAAGGUCCACAGCGGGAGCUUUUGCGAUACAUUUUAGGGUAAUUAGCCGGAAAAAUUCAGUGUCUGUUGAUGUGUUGCUUUAGAAUAGGACA